UGAAAAAAAUAAAAAUAAAAAACAAACUAUCCAUGAAGUAGACAUUCUAAAUCAAUUAUUUGAGAAGAUGGCAAAAUCUUGGCGUGUAACAGUCCUCACUCAGGCAGCUCUCUGUCUCUCUGUUUUUAUGCUGAUGAUUGCGUUUAAGUUUUUGAGACCUGCAACGACACACAGUAAUUUGGAUUUGUAUUUUAUCAGUGUGGGAGAUGCAGAAAGGCCAUUGUUAGAAAGAAGAGCCCUUGCUAAACAGAUAAAGGCAACUGCAUUGGAGUAUGAUGUUCAGUUUGUUGUAAGCAUCAGUGAUGCUGAUACCAAUCAUGGAUUGUUGGAGAGUGUGCACGAGGCAUUUCAUUCAUAUCCACCUUUGCAAGUACCCUGGCACUCUAUUGUUGGAGCUCAUCAUCAGGAGGACAAGAUUAGAUACUUUCGGAAGCAGAUUCCAAUUCCACUUCAUCAUACUAUGGAUAUUAUCGGCAUUGACACCAUUGAGUUGCAGGAUUUUUGUAAAAAUAGCUCAUUGGAGAAGAGAGGUCAGGAUCAAGUGACGUGGCUCAUGAAAACUUUAGCGGACACCACUUCAGACUGGCGCAUAGUCAUUGGAUGGCAUCCUUUGAAUAAGUGUCAAGUUGAAAGAUUUGUGAGAGAUCCUAAGCAACAGCUUCAUAACAUGCUCUUACCCAUGUUUAUGAAAUAUGGAGUGCAUGUUUAUUUGCACGGUCAAGAACAAUUCAGUCUACAUAUGAAAGACAAAGGUAUUGCUUGCAUUGGAAAUCCAAUUCAUAAUCUUGUGAAUGACAACCAUGUUCUUCAAAAUGGAACAUAUUCCUGGGCCAAGAAUGCACCUAGUGGAUUCAUUCUUUACCGAGUAUGCGCACUGGAAAUGGAAAUGUAUUUCAUAGAUUGGAAGGGGACUAUAUUACAUAGAGCAACAGUGCACCAGAAUGGAAGAGCAGUCUUGUAGGAUUCCAGAAAACAUUUCAUGUACAAAUUCAGCCAUGUAUUUACUGGUUGCAACCCGAUUGCUAUAGUGAUGAGGUUGUAAUUUUACCAAAUGCUAACUAUUUAAUUAUUAAUAUUUUUCUGCC